AUAACACCCAAUUAAUCAUUAAUGCUCAACAUUAUAUUUACAGUAUUAAAUGUAUCGAAUGAUUUUCUCACAUACUUAAAGAUCUAACUUUUUAACAUCUAAGCAUCCUAAGCACAUAAGCACCUAAGAAUCUUUUUGGGACUUGGCAGCUUUCUGCAUCAAUUAUUUUGGAAUUAGGUUAACUAAAUCCAAGACCCACUCGGCCACCAAAAAUAGUUGGGGUAGAAAGAGGGACGCAAACAAAAAAACAAAAAAAGCUUAAGUAGAGCUAUGCACUAAUAGGGCAUAAUUAACACCAAUACAAACAAAUAUAUAUCUCAUUCAAGUACUUUAUAUAGGAGUACUUUAAUUCUUUUUAACUACUAUACAGGUACUGGUACGAUAGUCAAAUUCUCAUUUUAAAAUAUAUUUGUAUACUUUGAUUUUAAAAAGUAUUCUUUAGUGUAUGACGCGUGUAUAAUGCCAACUGCUCGAAUAGAUUAUCAUAAUGCUCAAGAAAUAUUAACCAAUAAUAUUACAAAUAGAGGUGUAAUAGAAGAAGAUGGGAUAAUUUCAACUCCUCAUGGAUUAAGUAUUAUAGAGAUUCAAGGAGAAUUAAAUUUACCAUCUUAUGCUCCAAGUAAAGAAGAUUAUACUGAAGAACAUAAAGAUUAUUAUCAAAAUUUUAUAAAGAUUGAUGAUAUUUAUGAUGCAGUAAAGUUUGGACAAAUUGAAUAUGAUGCAAAAGAUCCUCAAAAGGUUACUUUAUUUAUUGGAAGAUCUCAAAGAUUAUUAGGUUCAUUAAUUGAUUUAGAUACUCCAUUAGCAGUAUUAAGAAUUCCAGUCAAUAAGGAGAAUUCAGAUAAUAUAAAUGAAAAUAUUAAAAUAAUCGAUGUAAUAAAAAAGAAAAUGAUAUUUAAACAAAGGCCAUUGCCUAUAAUGUGAUUCAUGACGACAUAAUAAUAAUAAUAAUAGUAUAUAUACACACAU